AUGGUGGAUCAGUGCAAGUUGUUCUUCGUCCAUCAGGAGUCACCGCCCACCGCCGAGUGUUGCCGUUGGUUCAGUAGCCGCCGUAAGAAGGCGGAGGAGAGACGGAGGCUUUGCCGGUGUAUGGAGUUUCUGACAACAGCCUUUAAACCAAUCAGGCCGCUCGCUUUGGCCCUCUCAGACCAGUGCCAUUUUGGCUCUGGCUUCCCCAUGUCUAGAGGCCACACAUGCGCAUUUUGUUCAAAAUAUAGAGAAAUAUUGAACUAA